UCUUAUGUGGUAUCGCGUCGCGUCGCGUAGUUUUGGUUAUAACACCCGAUAUGAUGGAUCCCCCAGCUACUAAAGCACGGGCUCCGUUGAGUACUGUUUCCAACAACGUUAGUGUACACUCGCAACAACCGCCGGUUGCGGACAGUUUACAAACGUACUCCGUUUUUCGCAAUGUGGAGACAAGUUUGUAUGAAGACAAGUUUUUCCUUUAUCGCAAAAAGCCGGACAAAAUGUGGGACAAUGAUCCCUUCGCAUGUAUCUCGGACGAAAUGUUGCUACAAAUUUUUAAGUGGUUACCAAAAAAGACUCUUCUCCGUUGUGCUGAAGUUUGUCGACGUUUCAACCGCGUAUCGAAGGACGACGCACUUUGGGUACGCAUCGAUUUGUCGGGAUGUACGCUACGGUGCGACUCUCUCGUAACGAUACUCAACCACCGAUUAAACAUUGUGCGCAUGGCCCAAACUGAAAUACUCUGUCCGACACAAGCUCCAGUCUUUCCGCAUUAUAAGGCAAAGCUUCAAUAUCUGGACCUCAGCAUGUGUACCAUCGACAAGGGUGUGCUAUGUGCGCUGCUCAAGAGCUGCCGCGCCCUGCGGAUGUUGAGCUUAGAAAAUAUACCUCUCGAUGAUGCCAUAUGUAAGGAGAUUGCGGAAAACCAACAUAUGGAGUCUCUCAACCUAACCAUGUGUACGGAUAUCAGCACCGAGGGUCUUUCGGCAAUUGCUGCCUCCUUGUCCAAACUACAGAGUUUCAACGUUGCCUGGACAUCCAUAUCAUCCAAGGCUAUACUACGUCUGGUGACACAGAUAAGCCCAACGUUGAUGCGAAUCAAUCUGGCAGGAUGUCGGAAUACGCUGAUAGAUGAGUCACUGGCCAUACUGGUGCAUCGGUGCCCAAACCUUCUUGAACUCGAUGUGUCGGAUUGUGCGCAGUUGACGUCGAAAGCGAUCGACUCUCUCUGCAAACUACCAAAACUAGAAUUUUUAAGUCUGUCACGUUGCUAUAAUAUUAGCACAACCUCUUAUCUAAAUUUAGUCCAUCUUGAAUCGCUUCGGUUUUUGGAUAUUUUUGGUCUCAUGUCGGACACCACUUUGGUAGUGGUACAGAACGCAUUGGGCAGCAUAGGUAUCAACAAGUUUUACCUCAGCUCCAUCGCGCGCCCCACGGUCGGCUCACGUAGGACAUCCAUCUGGGGCUUGAGGACACGAGAAUAAAACCAUCAACACA